AUGUCUUCCAACGCUCGUGACGCACCGGCGACGGACCCCAAGGUGUACGAAGAGUAUAGCGACAAGUGGCAACAGCAGCCCACAGAUACCGCCGCAUGGGUACAGCGUGCCGUCGACGUUGCGACGGUACUUGCGACUGAUGCCGCCGUCAGAGAGCGCGAGAACAAGUCGCCAAGGGCUGAAAUCGCACUGCUCAAGCAUUCGGGCCUGCUCAAGGUGCUCGGGCUGCCCAAGUAUGGAGGUGGUGGCCAGCCGUGGUCGGUCGGAUACAAGAUCAUCCAGGAAGUUGCCAAAGGCGAUGGAUCCAUUGGUAUGCUGCUUGGCUACCACUUGCUAUGGUCAACAACAGCACGUGUCGUCGGUACGGAUGAGCAGGUCGAGCGCACCGAGGAGCUCAUCCUCAAGAACAACUAUUUCGUCGGCGGCGCCGUGAACCCGCGCGACAGUGACCUCAAAAUCUCCAGCGACGGCGAAAAUAUUGUCUUUAACGGAUUCAAAUUCUUCAAUACAGGCGGUGUCAUUUCGGACCUCACAGUCUUGGAAGGCGUAUAUGAAGACACGGCGGAUCAUAUUUUCGCCAUUGUCAAGACGGACCAGUCGGGCAUCAACUUUGGUCAUGACUGGGACAAUGUUGGCCUGCGUCUGACAGAGUCGGGAAGCGUCAAGAUUGAAAAUGUCAAGGCACCGUGGACGGAUGCUCUCGGGUGGGAUGCUGCGGCCAAGAAGCCGGAUCCGGCCGUCCUGGGCAUUCCAUUCGGGUCGCUGCUGCUACCAACGAUUCAACUGGUGUUUAGCAACUUUUACAUCGGUAUCGCCUGGGGCGCACUGAAUACGGCGACAGCUUACACAAAGGCCUCGACUCGAGCAUGGCCAUUUGGCGGAGACAACAAGGAAAAGGCACAGGAUGAAUUUUACAUUCUCUCGACGUAUGGAAACUUCCUGGCGCACCUCCGUGCGGCGACGGCAUUGGCGGAAAAGGCUGGAGAGCAAAUCGACGCCGUUUACGACGGGACGCAGAACAGUGUCCAAGACCGUGCCAAGGUGACGGUGCAGGCUCGCGGCGAGGUUGCGGAAUGGGUGGCCAGCGUCAAAGUGGUGGCAACUGAUGUCGGCCUGCGUGUCACAUCGGGAGUAUUUGAAGUGACUGGCGCCAAGGCGACGGCUACCAAGGUCGGGCUGGACAGGUUCUGGCGGGAUAUUCGGACACAUACGCUGCACGAUCCGGUGGCUUAUAAGAACAGAGAACUUGGUAGAUAUCAGCUGCUGCAGGAGAUUCCCGAAGCGACGUGGUACACAUAG